GUAGCUCUCUGUCUCCCACAACCUUUGCACAAAAUGCGUACAUGUUAGGUGUCUUAAAGUUUAACUGCAAAGACCAAAACACUUUUGAAUGUUGGGUUAUCUGGCAAAGUUGAAACAGUGGAUGACCUUCAGCGAUCCUUAGUGAUUUCCUGGUGAAUCUCAUGAUAUGGUUGCUAUUGGAAGUGAGUAACAGCACUCAGUCCUGUAUGACAACUGGAACUUUACAAAUCCACUGAAGACCAGAAGCAGAAGGAGAGGGAGAAGUGCACCAUGGGGCAUGUUUACCAGGCCAACAGCUUAGCAUGGUAUCUCUGGCUAGUACUGGCUGGCAUGCUCAUGAGUCCAGAGGCACUAUCCUCAGAUGUCAACGGUGAGAGUGAAUACAGUGUCAACCUGUUGCAAAGGAAACUCUUGGAUGAAGGCAACAAACCUAAUACAACCACCGGCCCAGACAAAGGGAGCAACUCCGGCACUUGGCCGUACCUGUUGGCCGCCCUCAUCACCAUGCUCUCCGUCUCGCUCUUCGUCUUCGUGAUCGUCAAAUGCCGUCUGUUCCAGCGCUACAUGGCCAGCUAUGGCCACAUGCUGCUGUCGGAUGGUGACACGAUCAGCCAGUGCGACCCUCAAGGCCUGGAUGGCUUCACCCCGCAGAGCGUGGCGGAGCGGGUGCCCCCGCGUCGCUUCCACAACACCGAGGGCGACGACGACGACGGCUUCAUCGAGGAUAACUACAUCCAGGCCGGAGAGAGAGCGAGGGCGGAGAGGGAACGGGAACAGCAGAGGUACGCGGUGGAAGACAGCGACGAUGAUGAACUGGACCUCGACCAGUUCACCAUCGGAUGAGGGUGACCUUAAAUCAUGGCAUGUGUCAACGGACUGACUGCGCUGUCGUGGUGAUGUUGAUUUUUUUGUUUAGCGUAAUCGUGCGUAUUUAUAGCUCACCAAGUGGAGUCUGCCACUGCCAGUGACAGUGUAAAUAUACAGUAAGGACGCGCAGUGUGUGCUUGGCCAAGAAACACAAUCAUAUUACAUACUGGCAUUGGUGAAAAUAUGUGGGAGUAAAAAUAAAUACAUAUUUUAUGGGAGAAUUAUAAAUUAUGUUUGAAAUGAUGUUUGAUUUCAUAACAAAACCAAAUAAAAUGUCAA